AUCUGUCAGACACCGGCCCGGGUGCAGAGAGUGAUAUAUUGCUUCUAUCCUAAGCGUCACCGCGUAUCUCGCAAUUUUGAAAAAGAUGUGAAAAGAUCUGUGAUUAGAUAGCGCGAAGCGUAAGGCGGAUACAAGGCUGAUACUGCAACGAAUCAAUUUUUCGCACGCUGUUUUGCUGGUGCGAAGGUAUACGAGCGGUGGAUCCGUUUGAGGAGGGGUAUUUCAUAGUGGCUGCGCUUUCCCUGGGGAUAUAGACAAUGGACGUCGUCGAUAUUCUGCUAUUCUGCUUCAUAUCAUGCGUUAUUGGCGCCGUCCUCAUGCUCCUGGGCCAGUACUAUGUGUUUGUGCGGUUCAUUGAGACGCCCGAUGAGACUGAAGAAAAGACAUCCGUCACGCAAAAAUUUGAGCUUCCAGACAGUGUCCUUUCAAGCAUUAAAUCUUCAGAGUCUGAGAGCAAAAAUCCAAUAGUGGCCAUCAAUUUAGUGCUGCAGUUCCUCUUUUACGAAUUGCGCCACUCGAACAGAGUCCGAAAGUGGUUCUAUCGGAAGUUGUCCCUGGAAUUAGAUGAACUCCUUACCAAAUCCACCACUGGGAGACUCUUUGACAAGCUCACAAUUAGGGAAUUGGAGCUGGGCGGACAAUUUCCGGACAUCAAAAGCCUUCGCGUCAACAAUGUGGAGCUGCACGACACUGAGGGCUACAUCGAGAACCUGGACGUGAUGCUGGAUCUCUCCUAUCGUGGCAACUUUAGACUCUCCAUUGAUGCCGACAUGGUGCUGGGCAAGAAGGGAUUUCUCUCUGUUCGUGUGAAGCACGUGUCGGGUCUGGCGCGUCUGCAAUUCACCAGAAAACCCUACACUCACUGGUCCCUGAGUUUCGUGGGUGAGCCUCAAGUGGAUCUGGGCAUUGAAUCUCAAUUCCAGGGCAGGCAAAUGCAGUCAAACGUGACGAGUUUCAUCUCCAAUCAAAUAAGGAAAGCAAUUCGCUCAAAGCAUACACUCCCCAGCUACAAAUUGAGAUACAAGCCAUUCUUUCAGAAAGUGGAUGACGAACUGGACUUGACUGAUUUGAUCCCCGAAGGCACACUCAGCGUGAAUGUCUGUGAAUUGUCUCGUCUCAAUGUUUCCUCUCAGAUCACGGCUGUUUUCUGCACUAUCACUCUAGCAUCAAUUCCUUGGGUAGAAGCGAGACAGCAGGAUGAAAAUGCCAUAAUCUUCUCUCUUGAUUUGGAGAUUCACAAAGCGAAGAACCAGCAAGUUGGAAUCGUUUUCAAACAGACUGAGAAUGCAGUCAUGAUUGAGUCUAUCAUCCCAAACACUCCAGCGGCGAAAGCCAAUCUGAAGAAGAACGACAUAUUGAUAGCUAUUGAAGGACGGAAAGUGACUCAACUCACGCACGUGACCAAGAUCAUGAAGAGCAUACACAGACCAAUGUUUGUCCUGAGAAUUGAAAGGACAACUCGCGGGGUUAUUAAAAAUGACGCAGUGGCUGAAGACUUUGAGCUGAUAGAGAGCAUUGACGAUGGGAAUAUCAGCUUCAGCAAAGCAAGUGAUUCAGUUCAGAUUGGAACGAAGAUCACCAGAAUGAACUCCCUGGAGCGAAACUCCAGCGACUCCAGUGUCUCAACUACGCCCACAACCACUCCAAGAAAGAGCAGUUCCUCGGGAAAACCUCUUCUGCGUAGCAAAUCAAGGAGCGUCAGUGUGGAAAAUGAACCCAAAUCCCCAAAAAGAUUGUCCAAUGAUGCAAUUCCGGAAACCUUUCCUCAGCAAACAACAGUUGAUUGUCCUCUCAACUCCUUCAUGCGAAUGGAGCAGGUGUGCACGUUCAGCUUGAAGGAGAAUUUAACGACCAUAAAUUUGAAUGUCUUUGGAAAAAGCAAGGACGAGACAGUUUUCUUAGGGUAUCACAAUAUAUCCAUCCCGAGUAUCCUCAGUGAAUGCAGCGAAUCAACUCUGGGACAUUACAUCAAGAGAUUCAAUCUUUUAGCCCCGGAGGCUCCUAAUCUGAUAAAUCAUCCUUUGUCUACUCAAUCUGGCUUUGAAUCUCGUCUCUGCUAUGGUGAUGUCCUCAUUUCCUUUGCCUGGAGUGAUUUCGGAGGAUUAACUGCAGCGACGAUUCAGUCUCCAGAUGCCACGAGAAGAGCAAAGUACAGUGGAAACCGAAGUGGAUCUACUGAUAAACUCGAGGAUGAUCGCAAUGAGAGUCAGAAACAACACAAUUUCAUUCGAACACACUUCAAUCGAGCCACGCAGUGUGAUUUCUGCGGAAAGAAGAUUUGGCUCAAGGAUGCGGCUCAAUGCAAGGACUGCUCCAUGUGUUGCCACAAGAAGUGCAUAACCAAGUGUCAAAACUCCACUGUUUGUGGUCCAACGGAUGCACAGAUGCCAACAGCUUCGCCACAGCAAACAGUUCAGCCCGAGUUCCGAGUUACUCAGCCUUGUGAGGAGGUCACAGAAGGGGAGGAUGUCGAAGAGAUCAAUAGACUGAAAAACGAGGGACAUCGUCAGAGCUUCAGUGAUCUCCUGACUCAGGGCCUUAAGCGUGUCAAUUCUGCCAACAAUCUCGCCAUUCCGGCGAUUGUGUCCUCUCUGGGACAGGGCAGUCGAAGUCUCCCGCCAAGUCCCCAAUACACCCCCAGAAAGCAGAGUCUCGUGCCUCAGACAACAAAUCUUCUCGCUCUGGCAGUUCAGCGUCUGGAGAUGGCAAGCUUGGCGGAUGUUGCCGGCCAACAAAUGUCGCUAAUGAUUGACGGAAUUGUGGAGCCCUUCAGUGGCACAUCUCUGGAUGAGAUUAUGACGCUGGCCAAGAAUAGUAGCCACCAGCUGUACUCUGAGCUCGAGCCCGCGAAGCGCGUGGAGAAAAUCAACGAAGUGUUGGCCAAAUUGCGCCUGGCGCUCGACUCUGAGACCACCACGCACGCUGACUUGUCUAUGGCUUUGGCGGAGCUGAAAACUGCCAAGGCGACCAAGAGCUCAGACGCCAACCUGUCGCCUAAGGCAUCUGCGGACGCCCGGAAGGCAGCUGCCCGCGAUAAAGACACCGAAGCGGAAAUGGCGCGAAUUGCCUUCCUCUUGGGACAAUCCGAGGAGCGCGUUCAGGCUCUCAGUGUGAUCAUGCUGCACCUCUGCUCGGCUCUGCAGCACGCCCAGGGAAUCGCGGGCCAGUGAAUUUAUGCAUUAAAUCUUUCGCUUCGGACUAGAGUGACUGAAAUACACUGCGCGCACAUCUCAAUCCACAAUCUAAUCUUCAAAAUAUUUAGGGGAAAGUCAUGCACAUGUAAUAUGCGAAAAGCAGACUUGCACAAUUUUCUUAGCCAAAAAAAAACUCUUGCAACUUUCGCGUUCCUUGCUCUAGUGGAGUUUUAUUUCUCAAAGAUAACCCACAAAGAAAUAUUUCGGAGAAAUAUGGAUAUAAAAGUAAGAGAAGAAAUAACACAAAACUCCAUGUAACUUCGAGUAAUACUAAUUGUCAAUUCAGUCUCUUUUUUGGUGUUAAUUGAGAGAAAUAUCAAUUAUAAAUGAAAAAUUU